UGCAGCUUUCAAGGUUUCACUCUGAAGAAGAAGAAGAUUUCUACAUCAACACCUCACAGAUGGAAAGCAAUAAUUACAGCAAUGUCACAUCCCACAAUAAUUCCACUGACAACUCCUAUUAUGGUGGACCACAUAUUAUAUAUGUGAUGACAUGCAUAAUCAUUAGUAUCGGCCUUCCUUUGACUCUAGUGGCCAUCUACUCUCUUUAUUCCCAGGUUCAAAAUAACAAUGUUGCUCCAAUCUACAUCAUCAACCUCCUCAUCUCUGACAUCAUUCAGUUCUGCUGCAUGAUCAUCUUAGUGGCAAAACCUGACUGGAAUAUCUAUCGGAUCUAUCGAAUCUUCUAUUUUAUUUAUGACAUUGGUUUGCUGGCCAGUGUUGGCUUCAUGGUCUGUGUCGCCCUGGAAAGGUAUUUGCUCAUCGCAUGGCCCCUGUGGUACCGCUUCAGAAGAACCAUCAAGAUCUCUCUUGUGGUCUGUGUUGUGGUCUGGACCCUUCCUCUUGUUUUUCUCCUUUCUGUCUAUUUCUGGGUUAAAUCUAAGGUCAUGAUAACAAUUCUCGGCAUCCUCUCCCUCGUUCCUUUCCCACUGCUCAUAUUCUUCCUGGGUGGGACCCUCACAUCGCUUUCUGCAGCCAUCUCGGUUUCCUCUGAUGAAAAACGACGAAUUGUGGGAAUGUUGGUCCUGGUGCUGCUCAUCUACACACUGCUGUUUCUCCCCACCAUCAUCGUGUUCUUGACAGAAGAAGUCAGAGAUAAUGAUACCCUCAUCAAACUGAGGUUAAUUCUUGUUAGAUUCAGUCCUCUUGCAGACUUGAUUCUGUAUUUUUUCAUUAGGAAAGGGGCCAUAGACAAGCUUUUGGCCUCUCUGUGUUGUUGCAGAAUGGACAGUGAUGAUAACAGCAGAUCAUCAGCAUGAAAGACAACAACAUGUACACAGUCAACUCCAUGCAGGCAGAGAAAGAGGGAGAAAGAAAAGGGAGAAAACAGAUGUUAACUGUAAUGUGUCUGAAUGUUAACUAAAAUGCACUUAAACUAGCAAACAAGAAAUAAAUAAAGUGUUUGCUGUAUGACAACAAAGGCCAUCAGAAGUAGAUGAAAAGAAAUCAUUGUUUUGAUUAUAUUGUGAGAGAAGUGGUUAGUGGGAACAAGUUUUUAUAUGUUUUUUAGCUGGAAGUUGAUAUCUAUCAUUAUUAUCCUUUGAAGGGGACAUAGCAUGCUUUUUGUGAUUUUCUGUCAUUUAUAUUCAUAAUUUAAGUCUGCCAAGGGGCAGCUUCCUGGAGCUGGCC